AAGUAAAAAUUAUUUGACAUAGCAAUCAGUUGCAUUUAUGAGGUCAAAUGUACACUGAGUCAAAAAAUGACACAAAAUCAUAGUUCUGUGGGUGAGAUUUAGCUUCCAUAGCACAGCCAUCCAUUAGUUAUUUGGUUAGGCCUAAUUUAAAUAUUAAUGUUCUACAUAUGCUACAUAAUCCAGUGGUUGUCAACAUUUUUGGCUUGUGACUCCUUACAAGAAAACUGUCUGGUUAGGACUGCUUUUUACAAUAGAGAGAUUAUGGAUUCUUUAUGGUCAUUUUGUGUCUCUUUGUGGUCACUUAUGUUUGGAAAAAUAAACAUCACUGUGUUAGAAAAGGGGGACUUUAUUAAACUGCUGGAGGUAGAGGGCCUAAAUGCAAUUGAUUUUGAUCCCAUGAAUGGCUCUCUAUAAUUCAAGUGGUUGCAAAAUUUCAACUUUUUGAUUCAGUCUUCCUUCUAAAAUGUUCUUGGAUUUUUGGGGCAUACAAUUUUUUCUAAAAUGUGAUUUCGAGAUUAGUAAACUGCCAAUCAAGUUAUCAAAGUUUCACCAACAAGUCCUCUAUUAUUGUUCGUUGGUUCGUUUUCAAUGGGUGUUUUAUUUUGAAAUCGGUAUCACAGGAUGCUGUGACGUAACAGGUGCUGCAAACUUGACGCAGGUCCUGGUUCCCUUCAGGAAAGUGAAUCCUCGCUGGUGACGACACUUCCCCCUCUCGCCUUGGAUUUAUCUCUGAAGUUUUCCCUUCUCCAUACCAGGACGCUGUGAAGUGAACUUUUCUUCUUUUUUUCCCCUCCAGUUUAAUCUUGUGAAUACUGCUAUGUCGCCGCCGUCUCGACGGCUUCAGACGAAGCCAGUCAUCACCUGCCUGAAGACUUUCCUCAUCUCCUACAGCCUCAUAUUCUGGUUCACAGGCGUGAUCCUGCUGGCCAUCGGGGUGUGGGGGAAGGUGAACCUUGAGGCCUACUUCUCCCUGGCUGCUGAGGAGAGCACCAAUGCACCAUAUGUCCUAAUCGGGACUGGAGCCUCAUCUAUCAUCAUUAUUUUCGGAAUGUUCGGUUGCUUCGCCACAUGCCGUGGCAGCCCAUGGAUGCUCAAACUGUAUGCCAUGUUUUUGAUCUUGGUGUUCCUGGCUGAACUUGUUGCUGGAAUCUCAGGCUUCAUCUUUAGACAUGAGAUCAAAGCCACAAUGCGCAGUGCCUACCAAAAGGCUGUGACGUCCUACAAUGGCACUGACGACAACGCCGUUGACAACAUCCAGAGGACUCUGCAUUGCUGCGGGGUGGAUAAUUAUACUGACUGGGGCGACACAGCUUACUUUAAAGAGCGGGGCAUCCCUACCAGCUGCUGCAAAGACAACACCAAGUGCUCACCAGACACCCUGAAAGACCUCAGCAAGGCUGAGAAUGAGGUGUACACAGUGGGCUGCUUUGCACAGGUGACCACUGUGAUGGAGGCCAACCUGGGAAUCAUCGCAGGGAUCUCUUUUGGGAUUGCAUUCUUCCAGCUCAUUGGGAUAUUCCUGGCCUGCUGCUUGUCUCGAUACAUAACCAACAACCAGUAUGAGAUGGUUUAAUACAGCCUGAAACAGGUUGCUGAUGAACAUCUCAAACUGAGUUAAAUGAAUCAUGUGAUUUUAAUCUUGUGUGUCGGUUAAUAUCAUUUUAGAGGGGAAAAACACUCACUGCUUUUUGUUUUUUAUUCCACCAAUAACAGACAAGCAGAAGGUGAAAAAUGUUGAAGGAAAUCAAAAAGGGACAAUACCUGCAGUGUUUGACCAAAAAAGAAAAGGAACCUGGACAUUUCAGAGAUCUUUUGUGACUCCUGGAUUUAUUAUGGAAUUUCCAUUAAGCAUAGAUGUCAUUAGAUAGAUGUUUUCACUUUUCACUUGACUGAACUGACUCUACCUUUCUGUCGACAUUUUGGUUUCUUGUCUUUGCAUAAUGCAGCUGCCUUAUUUUGUAAUUUAGCUCAAAGUGGUCUGUCGCUGAGCUGAUUUAAUCUAGACAGUAAGUUGAAAAUCCUCUUUGCAACACUAAGUAAAUUUCUGUGUGUGAAACUCAUUAACCUGAGAGAUAGAUGUAUGGAUGGUGUGUGACGGGCAGUAAAAGGAUUGAGUUGUGUGGAAAAGGAGCGUUACUAAUGAUCUGAUAUAGGCCAGUAUUGUUAAAGGUCUGCACUCAUCAGUGCCAAAUACAGAAGCCCAGCCAACUUAAACACCACAGUUUUCAGUGUUAAAUAGUUUUUCUGUUCUGGAUGUAUGAAAACAGUUGUUAAAAAAAUAAAAAAAUAAAGAUGAAAUCCAUUAUCUUCACUGA